AUGGAGGAUCUCUAGUCAAAAUACUGUUCUCAUCGUCAAAUUGGGACAUUUCCGACUGCACCUGAAAGCCUCAAAUGCCACAGCAGGUUUCGCGGAGGGGGAAGAGAAGCUUUGUUUUUAACAACAUCCCUCUCCAAGGAUAUAUUUCGGUAACGUAACACGGAAGACGGUUAAGUUAAUAACGUUAGUUUAUUAUUGUAUUUAUAUCAACCCGUAACGUAACACCGAGGUGAUAUAGGCUAUAGGCUACCUCUUAAAAAUGCUCCAGUCUCUAGCCAGUAAUUCGUGUGUGCGGUUGAUACAGAGUCACAAAUCGACGUGGUAUUUUGCAUCUCUAGUCUUGGGGUAUCUGCUUUAUCUCAUAUUCGGCGCUGUUGUCUUUUCUUCGGUCGAGCUGCCUUAUGAAGACCUCCUGCGCCAGGAGCUGAGGGCCGUUAAAAAACAGUUCCUCCAGGAAAAUGAAUGUCUGUCCGAGGAGCGUCUGGAGCGGUUUCUAAAGAAAGCACUGGAUGCCAGUAAUUAUGGGGUUUCCAUCCUCAAUAACGCCUCAGCCAACUGGAACUGGGACUUCACCUCUGCGCUGUUUUUUGCGAGCACCGUGCUGUCCACUACAGGAUAUGGCCACACAGCACCACUGUCAGAUGGUGGGAAGGCCUUCUGUAUCAUCUACUCAGUGAUAGGCAUCCCCUUCACCCUCCUCUUCCUCACUGCUGUGGUGCAAAGGAUCAUGGUGUUCAGCACACGGAGGCCGGUCACGUACAUCCACACGCACUGGGGCCUGUCCAAGCCACUGGUGGCCAUCGUUCAUGCCACUCUGCUCGCCAUGUUGGCCGUUUCUUGCUUCUUCCUCAUCCCCGCCGCCAUCUUCUCAUCACUGGAGGAGAACUGGAACUUCCUGGAGUCCUUCUACUUCUGCUUCAUUUCCCUCAGCACCAUUGGCCUGGGAGACUACGUACCUGGAGAGGCUGUUAAUCAGAGGUUCAGGGAGCUUUACAAAGUCGGCAUCACUGUCUACCUGAUCCUGGGUCUGAUAGUCAUGCUGGUGGUGCUGGAGACCUUCUGCGAGCUGCAGCAACUGAAGCAGCUGAGGAAGAUGUUCUACCUGAAGAAGGAGAAGCCGCAGGACCGCCUCGCCAUUUUGGAGCACGACCACCUGUCCUUCACUACUGUGUCCAAAAGAGCUACAGCCCACAAUGACGACAAAACCCACCCAUUUGUCAGUGUCCCAACUCUGGCCUCUCCCAAUGAUGACCCCAUGAUCCAGUAAACAUCGACAGAGCAAACAUCUAUUGAAGGAUGAAAACAUGAAAGUAGGGGGGAAAAUGCACGCAAGACUAUAAAUAGAUCAGAUAAGUAGAAUGAGUAGAUCGUAAGUCUCAGCUGUAGGCAUUCUGCAAAGCUCAACCAUGCAAAGUUUAGUAGUAAAACUAGUUGAAACUAUUCAGAUCAAGCAAACAAUCUCCUUUAGCAAACCACAAUACUGACAAUAUAGUGCUAUGCAGCAGAGAUUCAAUUUAUGUACAUUAAUAAGGCAAAAAAAUAUAUAUUUUAACAGUUACUAUAAAAACAAAAUCAGUGAUAAAAGAAAAGCCUUGCCUUUAUGAGCUGUAUUAUUUAUUGCAUAUUUAGGAACAUUUUAGAAAGUAAUUGGUCUCUUAAAUCUAGCUGAAAUAUAGGAGACUUCUCUAAUCUGUCACAAAAUAGUUCAUAAAUAUGUAUGUAUCUUAUAAAUAGAGAUGCUUGACAGGUCUGUGGAAUGUACAUAAUCAGGUAAAUGUUUUAAGAUGUACAGCCAUGUAGAAUUAACACACCUGUUAAAGAUGAGCCAAAGUGUAGCCAAAACAUAAAAACAACUCAAAUAAUUAAGUUCAAAGUUUUUUGUUGGGGAAACUCUGAAAUGGGGCCUGAUUUUCCAUCACAUAAUGUGGGUCGCAUGGUUGACUGAAAGAGAUGUUGCAGUCGAUCCUGAACAAAGCACCUGAAAGAAUAGGCAAUACAUUUUAUGAACAAUGAGUGAGCUGAGCUCAGAAGAAGAUCCUGAAAGUACAACAUAUUUGUUUGCAAAACAACAGACGUUGUUUAAGAAACUGCCAGGAAGAAACAAUUUACUCUACAUAUGAGAACAUGGUUUUACAGUCUAUGUUUUGUAGCAUUUUUGGCUCAUCUUUAUAGAGGUGUCCAUAUUCUGGUUGCACUCCACAUUGUCACAUUUCAUUGUGAAGGGAAAUAUUUGUCUGCAGAUAUGUGUACUUUCUCAACAUCAUCAUCUCAGCAGUGCUAUUUCAAAGUUGUCCGUGUGUGAUGAUAAGCACUAUAACUUAUUGAUUUGUCUGAAUGGCUUAAUGUUUGCUGGACUGUGUGAAAAGGGAAGUGAGGUUAGCCUAGUUCAAAAAGGGAACCACAGUGGGCGGGCUGGUCCGUUGCAUUUUACUGUCAAUAAAGAGAGCUUAGUUUGCACAUGUACUGGAGCCAGGCAGUAGUACAGAAAAAAAUAACAGGUUCCAAAGAUUUCAUCCGUAAAAAAAAGGAGAUAUUUUUAAUGGAAAAAUAAUAUUUUACAUUUGUCGUGGAUGAUCUGUAAAGGCUUGACAAUUGUUCUAACCAAGAAAAUAGCAAGAUGUUGAACAGAAACUACUUUUCUGUAUUUACAUCACUUCAGUGUAGAAAUGUGAUUAUUAAAUAUAACAUGAGGAACGUUUACAAAAUGUUGUUAGUAAUUAAUGAAAUUAAUUCUGCAUUCAUUAGGGAAACUUGAAACUGUAAAUUCAAGCAGCAGGAGAGCAAUUAAAACAUCCCAGUUCUGAUUAUCUACCACAUCAGUUUUUAAUCUGGUCAUCAACCAAGGAUAACUGUCCAUAAUUGGAAUUCAAACCAGUGGAUGUACAGUUGCAAGUUUGUAUGACAUUGACAUUGCACUCCUCUGUGUAUUUAAAAAAAAAAAAAUUAUUUGUAUCUGGAGGAAAAGUGUUGCGACAGAAGUACUAAUUUCAUGCCAUUAUCCGUCCUCUGAUAUUUUGGCGCAAAUAGACACCCACACAUACAGUGUAGCAUACUGCUGUUAUGCAGACUUGUUUGUCAUAUAUACUUUUUAGAACAUUUAAUAGAAAGACAUGCAUUUACAUACAUGCUUUAUGAAUUGAAUUUUUUAUGUCCCAGUCUCUGUAUGGAGCCGAAGUUCUGACCUCAUCUUUCUCUGCUAUAUUGCCACAUCAAGACACAGUCGCUGCCUUUUAUGAAGUCUUGAAUGUAAUGUUUUUUUUAUGCUGUUUGCUAGAGUGAGAUUCAAGGCCUGAGCAGAGUGCAGCAUUCCUCCUUGCUGCUCUGCUGGCUCUGUUAGUAUAGUAGUGACACGUUUAUUUAAAACAAUGUGUACAGGUGAGCUGUGGCAAGGUGUCAUGACCGCUUGCAAAAUUAGCUUUGAUUGUGUCAUCAUCUGAGUUACUCACUAAUCUGUAAUGUUGUAUUUUAUAGAUCUGCAGGAUUGUAGUUCUUUUGUUUUUCCACCAGUCUAGGCCUUCAUGUAAACUGUGAAGUAUUGAUACUGUUCAUGUUGUCUGCUGAGAAAAAGGAGAACUUGAAUUCUGCCAUGUUGGGGUUUCUCUUUUACUGUAAUUUGUUUCACUGUUUUGUAGAUACAUUAAUUAGAUUGAUGUCAAGGCUUCGACCCUUCAGCGUUACUGUUUUUGGCAGUGUUUGUCACGCACAUACAGUUUGUCUUGAAGGUGAGAGCUGUCAGGUAAAGUAGUUCUAAUUCUGUUCAGGGAGUUAACAUUGUGUCAAGGGUUACAAACAGAAGCACACUGAAAUGAUCUGUGCUGACAAAAGUAAUACGUUUGGAAUAUUUGGAAUCAUAGGUUUCUGUACAAAUCUCUUCAGUUGUUGUGGCGCAUACUGUAGAUUCAUAUGCACCAUUGAGUACUUUAGUGUUACAAUACUGAUAUUGUUAUUCAGGAUUGCCAUUGGGGCACCAAGGUUUUAUGUAAAAUUCAUUUCAGCAUAAAAGUGACUCCAUGAACUGUAAAAUAUCAGUGUGUAUCAAAUAAAGAGUUGGUUUAUUAUGACUUAA